UCUCUCUUCCCAAGUACCGAUGAUAGGACUUUGACAGCGAGCUAGCUAACCUCACUUCACUCCACUGCUGGUUGACCUCCGCUCCCAGGAUGGCUAGUGUUCGAGCCCUUGGUGUUCUGUCCAGAUUGACAACAAGGAGAUAUGCCCUCUACACAGGCGGUACAUUUCGCACCUUCUCAGUUGCUCCUGCCAUGCUAGCCCGCACCCAUGUGAACUAUGAAGUCAAGGACGACGUUGCUGUCGUACGGAUCAACGACCCAAACUCCAAGGUUAACACACUGUCAAUCCAAAUGCAAAAUGAGUUGACAGAAGUAAUGAAUGAACUGUGGGCAAACGACACCGUUAGAAGUGCUGUCCUCAUCUCCUCGAAGCCAGGAUGCUUCAUUGCAGGAGCUGAUAUUAAUAUGAUCCAGAGCUGUAAGAAUGUGGAAGAGGUCACCAAACUUUCACAGGAAGGGCAGAAAAUGUUUGAGAAGAUUGAAAAUUCUCCCAAGCCCGUUGUCGCUGCCAUCAACGGCUCUUGCUUAGGAGGGGGCUUAGAGUUUGCCAUUGCCUGUCAGUACAGGAUUGCAACAAAAAGCAAAAAAACAGUUCUGGGUACACCUGAAGUGAUGCUCGGUCUUCUGCCUGGGGCUGGUGGUACUCAGAGACUCCCUAAGAUGGUUGGUCUACCCAGUGCAUUUGACAUGAUGCUGACAGGUAGAAAUAUCCGAGCAGAUAAAGCCAAAAAGAUGGGGCUUGUUGACCAACUUGUAGACCCUCUUGGACCUGGACUGAAGAGUCCAGAGGAUAGAACAAUAGAGUACCUUGAGGAAAUUGCCAUCGAAUGUGCCAAAGGGAUCGUCAAUAAAAAGAUCCCUCUCCACAAAGAGAAAGGGACGAUGCAAAAAAUUCAAGACUACGUUAUGAGCUUUGGGUUCGUGCGGAAUCAAAUUUACAAAACUGUCCACGGUAAAGUUAUGAAGCAGAGCAAAGGACUUUAUCCAGCACCUCUGAAAAUAAUUGAAUCUGUGAAAGCUGGAGUAGAACAAGGCCCUUCUGCUGGAUACUUAGCGGAGUCUCAGAACUUUGGUCAGUUGGGUAAAACCUCAGAAUCAGCUGCCUUGAUUGGUCUCUAUCAUGGUCAAGUUGCAUGCAAGAAGAACCGCUUCGGAACUCCUCAAAGAGAAGUGAAGACUCUUGCGAUCUUGGGAGCAGGUCUCAUGGGUGCAGGUAUUGCCCAAGUGACUGUGGACAAAGGGGUGCACACAAUCCUGAAGGACACCACUCUGGCUGGACUGGCCAGGGGAGAGCAGCAGGUUUACAAAGGACUCAAUGACAAGACCAAAAAGAAGAACAUCACCUCAUUCCAGAGAGACUCCAUACUGUCCAACUUGACAGGCCAGCUGGACUACAGUGGCUUCGAAAAUGCCGACAUGGUUAUUGAAGCUGUGUUUGAAGACAUCAACAUCAAGCAUGCAGUCCUGAAGGAGGUGGAGGCCGUGGUUCCCCCUCACUGCAUAUUUGCUAGCAACACAUCUGCUCUGCCCAUCAAGGACAUCGCUGCAGGUAGCAAGAGACCAGACAAGGUGAUUGGAAUGCACUACUUCUCUCCUGUGGACAAGAUGCAGCUCCUUGAGAUUAUAACCACCGAUAAGACGUCAAAGGACACUGUAGCGUCUGCUGUGGCAGUCGGCCUCAAACAGGGCAAAGUCAUCAUUGUUGUUGGGGAUGGGCCUGGUUUCUAUACGACAAGGUGUCUGGCUCCCAUGUUGGCUGAAGCAGUACGAGUACUUCAGGAAGGGGUCGACCCCAAGAAGUUGGAUCAUCUCACCACAGGCUUUGGGUUCCCUGUGGGUGCAGCCACUCUGGCUGAUGAAGUUGGUAUUGACGUUGCGGCCCACGUGGCCGAGGACCUCGGCAAAGCUUUCGGCUCCCGCUUUGGUGGUGGAAAUGUGGAGGUUCUGAAGACUAUGGUGGAUAUGGGAUUCAAGGGCCGCAAAUCAGGAAAGGGUUGCUACAUCUACCAGUCAGGACUCAAGACAAAAGAGGUCAACCCAGAUAUUGGAGAAAUCCUGGAGAAAUACAGGAUUACGCCAAAUCCUGCCGUUUCAUCAGACUCUGAUGUGCAGUACAGACUUGUUUCUCGAUUCGUCAACGAGGCCAUACUGUGUUUGCAAGAGGGCGUCUUGAACAACCCCUUGGAAGGGGAUAUUGGGGCUGUGUUUGGCCUGGGAUUCCCCCCCUGCCUCGGAGGACCUUUCCGUUUCGUGGACACCUUCGGUGCGGACAAGCUGGUGGAGAAGAUGAGGCAGUUUGAAGCAGUCUACGGCAAUCAGUUCACACCAUGCCAGCUCCUACUGGACCAUGCAAAGGAUUCCAGCAAGAAAUUUCACAAGUGACCGACCCACCAUGUGUGCCAGUAGCUUUUAACAGAACUCCAGCCUGCUGCUAGACUGUGCCUAACAUUUACAUAUCGUAAGUGGGGGCAAACAAAUGGAAAAUAUCAGUUCAUGAGGUUCAUCUAGUGAAUAAAUCUAAUGCAACAAUCCUGUGAUAAAUCCUACCUUUGCUAAGGUUAUAAUGUAUUAUACAUACAUGUAGAGGAUAUAUAGGGGUGUCUGUCUUAUUUAGCCUACCCUCACUGAUUUAGAUGGGGUGGACAACCCUCAUGGAGGUGGGAUUUAUUGCACGACUGUAGUAUUAGGCUGCAUUAGUGUAGCAGGAUGUGCCUAAUAAAAUAGCAAAUGACUGUGUGGUGUCACAGCAGGGGAUGUUUCUGUUUUCGUACUUUAACAUUAUUGAUUUACUUGAUGAUGUACAGAUUGGGGAGCAGCGUGAGGCUAAUUAUUCACACAUUAAGAAUGCAAAGAUGCUAUCCAGGCAGAAGAAUUAAAAUAUUUUUCAACUGGCAGUUCUUUAUUACUGAUGAAUGUCUACCAGUAUGAUUCAUCGAGUGUCUUUUUUUUUUUUGUUUGUUUCUUUUUUUUUCUGUGUACAUUUCCUGGGUCUGGGCUGAACAGUGUAAAUGUUGAACGUCUGAAUAAAAAAUUUUGUUAUUGAAUGAAAA